AUGACGCGCCACUUGAGCUGGCCGUACGGCCACCAGUACGAGUCUGCUUGGGGCCCAGUGACGUCCACGGUCAACUUCUGCGAGAUGGACUACUACAUCACGCCCUACGUUGCAGAGUUCAUCAACACGCUCACAAACGUGCUAUACGUGUAUCUGGCGGCAUAUGGGCUCGUCAAGGCGCUGCGCGAGGACAAGGACUCGCUCUUUGUGCUGACGUACGCCAUCUACGCCGGCGUCGGCAUUGGCUCGGUCCUCUUCCAUGCCACGCUCAAGUACACGAUGCAGAUGGGUCACUCUCUCUCUCCCUCCCCCAUGUCUUUCCCCCAUGUCUUUCCAGAAGUUGACAUUUCCGCAGUGGACGAGCUCUCGAUGCUCUACUCAACCUCCAUGGUCCUCUACACCAUCUGGUCGUUCCAGCUCGCGCCCACCUCGCGCCGCAUCCUCGCCGGCGCCCUCGUGCUGACGCUCACGCUGCUGACGUUCGCGCACUACCUGCUCGGCGACAGCACGCCGCAGCGCGUCGUCUUUGGCUGCCAGAUUGCGUGCGUCUUCUUCCGCACCGUGUUCCUCAUGCGCACGCAGGUCGAGGACGAGGUCGCGCUACGACACAUGAAGAAGCUGGCGACGGUGGGGGCCACCACGUUUGUGGCGGGGUUUGCGCUGUGGCUGGUCGAUGAUGGCGCGUGUGGGUGGUUGAGGGGCAUGAGGGAGUGGACGGGCAUGCCGGUGGGGUUUGUGUUGGAGCUGCACGGGUGGUGGCACCUACUGACGGGAACGGGCGUGUACUGCUUCCUGGUAUUCGUGGAGUAUCUCCACGUGCAGAUCAACGCGCUCCAGGACGAGUGGGAGUACUCGGAGGACGGGUACUGCGUCAUGUUUCCGCGCGUAUCGAGGAAGAAGAAUGCGCCGUUGGCGGCUGAUGGUGCUGAUGGUGGGAGUGGCGGUGGGUAUGGCGCGGUGGCGCAGAGCGAGUGA